UCUAAUUUUUUAUAUUUCCUGGUUUCCAAAGUUUAUUUCCAGGACUGUAAUUACUGAUCAGUGCCCACUUUUAGCACCAACUACUAUUUAAGGUAGCACUGUAAACUAAAUCAGCUUGGGCUCAGAUGGUGCCUUGUGGGUUUCUAUUUUUGGGAGUUUGGCUAUAAUGCAGCUCUGAGAGCCCUGAUUCAAAUAAAAUAUGUAUUUGGGUCACAGCAUUCUGUUAGCCCACCCCUCUGGCACUGUGUCAUAUGAAACCCAACUCAUGAUGCACCACGCCUUUGCUUUCCAACACAGAGCAGGGCAUCUGGCUGAUCUAGUUCUGCCUCUGAGGAAUGUGUUUGUGCAAGCCUGCUGUACCUCGCCCUGCCCUUUGUUAUGUGGACUAUCUCAAAGUGUUCCAGGAAAAGAUUGCAAGCAGGAAGAUGACUGGAACUUUUGGUUGGGAGCUCCACGUCAGCAAGUUUCACAACUAACAUGUGACACCCUUUCAACCUGAACUUUACCAUGGACCUGGUGAAACAUACAGGUGGCUGCCACUGUGGGGCUGUGCGAUUUGAAGUCUGGAAUUCCCCAGACCUCCAUGUUUUUCAUUGCAAUUGCAGCAUUUGCACAAAGAAGCAAAAUCAUCAUUUCAUUGUGCCAAAAAAUCGCUUCACGCUCUUACAGGGUUUGGAAAAUCUGACCACGUACACAUUUAACACUCAUGUUGCAAAACACACCUUCUGUAAAACCUGUGGAGUUCAAAGUUUCUACACACCACGCUCCAACCCAGACGGAUAUGGCAUUGCUCCACACUGUCUGGAUCCAGGUACUGUGCACAGUGUCACAGUGGAGAACUUUUGUGGGGAGAAGUGGGAAGAAAGUAUGCAAGUUCACAAAACUAUCAGAGACAUGUCAAAACCGGAGGAAAACUAACGCUACUGUCAUAUAAGAAACUUUAUUUUUCAAUCAGCA